GGAUUCGAAUCACGAAAAGAGUUGGGGAAGAGUGAAAUAGCUACUUGCAGCUUGCUGCUGCCAAGGGGAAAAUGGAAUUUACUGUUGAACAGAAUAAAGGUUGGUGCUGUUCUGGAUGUUAGUCAAGAAAGGAAACAAAAAGACGCCAUUCUGGCCGCUGGCGAACUGGUCUGUUUUUGCUUUUCCUUUGUAGUUUUUCAUUAUUUACCGGCUGCUCUGUUCGCCUGUAAAUGAACAAUCGGAAGGUUGAGUACCAAGGAUUGAACAAUGAGUGUGUAAGUGAUUAUUCUUUUGAAUCAUUUGAUCGUUCCUCUGGAGAUUUUGGUUCUCGGCAGACUUGGAAUAUGGGAGCUUGUUUCCACUCUCCGAUACCGGCCCUGGAGGGAGGCUCUCUGCAGCCAAACCCAAGGCCCUCUGCUUUAGGAAGUAGCACCAUUUCAAGCCAUUAUGGAUUACCAACUUCUGCCUUCUAUGCAACAGAACGUUACAUGGGUUUUCCACAAUAUCAGGGUGCUCGUUCAUGGUUCUCAGAGUUUCUAAAGAACUAUGAUCAAGCAGUAUCAUCAUGUGAACCUUCUGAGGAACCUUUCUCUGUUGAUCCAGAAAGGCGUGAUGAUCUUGACCUUCAACCGAGAGAUACUCUGCAAUCUGUUAUGGAACUUCCCUUCUGUAGCAAUCAGAAUUCCAGAUUUUCUGAGAUCUCCAAUACAAGUUCAUACAGAAAUUUUCCGGGAAUAGAGCCUCAUCCACUUCUGCGACAUAAGUUGGUGGGUGAGGAUGCCACCUUGAACAGUAGGCACCCUUCAAUUCUUUUUGAAGUAAAUCAGAAUCCUGGAGUUGGUUAUAAACCAGUCACCUCUCCCCUUGCACAGACAAGCUUCAAUGUUCAGCUAGAGAAGCAGUCUCCAAUACCUCCUGCAGUUGUUUCUGUUGCUUCUGGUAGUAUUGUUUCAGCUGGAGCUGCAGUCUCAAAUAAAACACGGAUUAGAUGGACUCCUGAUCUUCAUGAGAGAUUUGUCGAAUCUGUGAAUCGCCUUGGUGGUGCCGAAAAGGCAACUCCAAAGGGUAUCCUUAAGUUGAUGGCUUCCGAAGGUUUAACCAUCUUCCAUGUGAAAAGCCAUUUGCAGAAAUAUCGAAUUGCCAAAUACAUGCCAGAAUCUUCAGAAGGGAGAUCUGAGAGAGCUUGUAUAAACAGCAUGGCUCAGAUUGAUGCAAAAACCGGCAUGCAAAUAACGGAGGCACUGCGGUUACAACUGGAUGUCCAGAAGCGUCUUCAUGAGCAGCUAGAAAUUCAGCGAAAUCUACAAAUGCGGAUUGAAGAACAAGGGAGGCAACUCAAGAAGAUGUUUGAGCAGCAACAGAAAGCAAACAAGAACUGGUUUGAGACCCAAAACUUGGACAUCAUGUUCCCAGAUGACCAAUCAAACAGUCAUGAAGAUGCUCAGGUUUCUACUGUAGGUGAAGGAUCAGAGGAUGCCAACUUUACAUCCAAAACUGACAACCAAAAUACUUCCCAUCCAAGAUAAGUUCACUAGUUUUUGAAAGCUUGUUUGUAAGCAGGAUAUUAAUUUGUCCAUUAAAUGUAAGCCAUGGGUUAUUACAACUUUGACUCAAUGCAACAGAAUCAACACAACCUCAUGUUUCUUGGUGAUUUUGGAAAUUUAUUAUGAGCAAACAGGGUGGCCAAUUUACAUGUAUA